AUGAGAAACGUUCUUGCAUUCCUUGGUGCGCUUUUAGCUUUGGCGGCUUUAACAAACGCCGCCGCUGUAAAUGGAAGAGGAUGUAGCGGAGAAGAACCAAUUGUGACCACAACAAUUGCUCCAUGUACAAGUUCAACACCUGCACCAACAACAACAGCGCGCACAAGAAGUACUACAACAACAUCCAGCGUUACUACCACUGAACCAACAACCGCGUGUGCCCAAUCAACAACCACUGCUAUCACUACAACUCCUGCUCCAGCAACAACCACAGUCCUUACAAUAACUACCACGUUUACUGCAACAACUCCUGCUCUAACCACAACCACUACAACAACAACUACUGCAACUACUACAACUCCGGCUCCAACUACAGCCACAGCUGCUAUAACGACUACCACGGUCGCUGCAACAACUCCUACUACAACAACAAUUACAGUUCCUACAACAACUUCUACGCGAACAACAACUACAAAAACUCCUGCCCCGACAACGACCACCGUUGCUGCAACAACUACAACGACAUCAACUGCGUGUGCGGCGUCAUCAAGCACAGUUCCCACGACAAUUUCUACAAAAACAACCACUACUGCCACUCCAAUAUCUCCCGCUCAAACCACAUCUCCUGUUAUUGCUACAACAAAGAAACCAUGCGAAACAACCAUUCCGCCAUGCACCACAGUACCACCACCUUGCUCUGACUCGCUCUCUGUAAAAUCCAAUAGCCAACAAGCUAAGCCAUCCAUUGCUAUAACGCAUCCACAAGCCACCGAUUCCAAUAACGAUCAUUAUGUUCUGACGGCUUGUUUGGAUAAAAAGAACGGCUUCCUGUUACCUGCGUUGAGUAACUGCAACGAUUUUUACAUUUGCCGUGAAGGAGUUGCUGUUCAGGUCACUUGUGGUGACUUGCAUUUCAAUCCUCUUAGAGGAGUGUGCGAUCUUCCCGAAUAUGCUGGCUGCAUUCGACAUGUGUCAUAUUGAGCCUCGAAAGCACUGCCAGAAAAACUAUGAAAUCGAAAUUUAGGACCUACCAAAGUAUUGAUGAUUGAUGAUGUGUAAUAAAAUGUUUAAAUUUAUAUUAUUAAAAAAAAAAAUUAAGUAACUAUUCCCGAGAA